AUGAAAGACAUCUCGGGCAAAGAGCUUCUGCAGCUGGUGCGGUCCCAGCUGCCUGCAAAGCCGGGCGCGAGGCUGCACCUCAUCUUCGGCGACGUGGAGCUGCGUCCCGAGCACAGCCUACGCGCUCAAGGCCUCGGCCCUUCAGCCUUCGGAACCUUCACCUACUCCCGGGCCGACCUGCGCAAGGCCUGGAACUUGCUGACAGGCCACGACCAAGCCGAAGCAGAAGAUGACUUGAAAGGAAUCACGGAGCUGUCUUGGGAGCGCCAAAUUCUUGGGUCUCCGUUGCCGGCCGUGUGGCCAAAGACGUUGGAAUGCCUCACCUUUGGCCGGGAGUUUGAUGAAGGCUUGGAGGAAGCGACGCUGCCAGAAAGCUUGAACAGCUUGAGCUUCGGCUAUUAUUUCAACCAUCCUUUGCAGAGAGUCAAUCUGCCCUGCAGAUUGCAAAUUCUCACUUUCAACGGCAUCUUCAACCGGCCUUUAGCAGGGGUGGCUUUGCCAGAGAGCUUGCAGAGCCUGACUUUCGGACCGGACUUCAACCAAAGCCUGGCAGGAGUGGAUUUGCCAAAAAACCUGCAGAGCCUCACCUUUCGCUUCAAAUUCAACAAGAGUUUGCAGCGAGUAACUCUGCCAAGUAGCUUGAAACACCUAACCUUUGGCUUUGACUUCAACCAACCGCUUGAUGGACUGACUUUGCCCAGCUUGCAGAGCCUGACCUUUGGGGGACAGUACAACCAGCCCUUCAGCUCGGUGGUUCUGCCCAGCUUACAAUGCCUGACCUUCGGCAGCAACUUCAACCAGAGCUUCCCCUCGGGUCUUUGCCUUCCAGCGCUGCAGAGCUUGAGCUUCGGGGAGCAGUUCAACCAGACUUUGGACGCGGCUUUGCCGGAAGGUUUGCAGAGCCUGGCCUUGGGCGCAAAGUUCAACCAGCGCUUGGGCGUGCCGCACACCUUGCAGAGCCUCACUUUGGGCUCCGGGUUCCGCCAGAGCUUGGAGCACUUGCCAGAGGGCCUGCAGAGUCUGAGCAUUGGGCAAGAGCUGAAGUACAUGUGGGGAGUGACCUUGCCAGCAAACUUGCAGAGCUUGGCUUUUGCCGGCGAUUCAACUUCCAGCUUGCAAGGAUUGAUUUUACCCGAAAGCUUGCAAAGUCUGACACUCUGUGAGCAUUUUUCCCACAGCCUGCAGGGAGUGUGCUUUCCCUGCAGCCUGCAGAGCCUGACUUUGGGCUUUCAGUUCAACCACUCUUUGCAGGGCGUGCGCUUUCCAAACUCUUUGCAGAGCCUCACUUUGGGCGUGCUCUUCAAUCAAACAUUGCAUGGAGUGGAGCUGCCGAACAGCCUGCAGAGCCUGACUUUCGGGGAGAAGUUCAAUCAACACUUGGAAGCAUUGCCGGACACCUUGCCACAUCGCUGGCAGUCGCUGAAUCUUGGAGGGGAUUUCAACCAAAGCCUCGGGGGAGUGGCGUGGCCAAAGCACUUGAGGAGCCUCACGCUCGGGGAAAAGUUCAAUCAAAGCUUGCUGGGACUACCAGCCCACUUGGAAAGCCUGACUCUGGGCCGGUUCUUCAAUCAAGGCUGGCAGGAAGUGACGUUGCCAGAGGGAUUGCAAAGCCUGACCUUCGGCGCGAUGUUCAAUCGAAGCCUUGGAAUGUCAUUGCCAGACGGCCUCCAAAGCCUAACCUUUGGCCGGGAGUUCAACCAGAGCCUGGAAGGGAUCCAUUUGCCAACCAGCUUGCUCAGCCUCGCGUUCGGCGACAAGUUCCGGCAAAGCCUUCAGCAGGUCUGCCUUCCAAGCGGCCUGCAGAGCCUACGCCUUGGACCCUUCUUUGACCUACGUGGGCAAAUGGCCUUUUUGCCCGACAGCCUGAGCAGCUUGCAAGCGGGAGGUCUGGCAAUCAGUACUGGAACCUGA